GCCAAGUUGACAUUUCGAAAUGCCGAAAGUCAAUUAAUUUUAAAAUUGUAAUUUAUUUUAUCGCGAAUCGAAUAAAAUUGUUGAAUUUUUUUUAUUGGAAUUGUGUGGCAAAGCUCAUAAAGUAGCUGACAAAGUCUCCUGAAAAUAUCAUCAAAGUACACUGGACAUUGUUUAAGUAUAGCCACUCGAAAAUAUAAGAAUAACUUAUCAAAAAUCAACAAAACAACCAACAAAUACGAGCACACGGUCUAGCUAUAAAUAAAAUAUUCCAUGAUUUAAUGAUUUUUACGCUAGCUCGUCGAAUAUCGUUCAACAGUGUGUUGAAAACCGUUUCCAAAACCACAUCAGCUUUUACGUCAAAUCAACAAGUGCAUCGAAAUAUGUCAAGUCAAUCGAUUGAUGCUAAAUUCCAAUUACCAAAGCGGUAUCAGGGUCAAACACCGAGCGUAUGGAAUGAAUACAUCCAACUUUUUUUAAAAUAUCAACCGCUUAAUUUGGGGCAAGGUUUUACCGAUUAUCCAGUACCACAGUACAUAACUGAUGCUCUGGCCGCAACAGCAAACAGUCCGAAUUGUUUGUUGAAUCAAUAUACAAGAGGAUUCGGUCAUCCUCGCCUCAUUCAGGCAUUGUCAACACUUUAUUCGCAACUGGUUGAUCGUAAAAUUGAUCCAUUCUCUGAAGUUUUGGUAACAUCGGGAGCAUAUGAAGCGCUUUAUGCGACUAUUCAAGGUCAUGUUGAUGAAGGUGAUGAAGUCAUCAUCAUUGAACCAUUUUUCGAUUGCUAUGAACCGAUGGUGAAAACAUGUGGUGGGGUUCCACGUUACAUUCCUCUUCGAUUGAAAAACACCGACAAAGAUGUCAUUAGUUCCGGUGAUUAUGUUCUCGAUGACGCUGAACUAGAGGGAUUGUUUAAUCAAAAGACAAAAAUGAUCAUUAUCAACACACCAAACAAUCCAUUGGGCAAAAUCUACAAUAGAAAAGAAUUGACCAAAAUUGCCGACUUGUGUAAAAAGUACAAUGUUUUAUGCGUUUCGGAUGAGGUUUACGAGUGGAUGGUCUUCGAUGACAAUGAACAUAUUCGAAUCUGUACUCUGCCUGAUAUGUGGGAACGAACCAUAACAAUUGGUUCUGCGGGUAAAACGUUUAGUGUCACUGGUUGGAAGACUGGCUGGGCAUAUGGUCCUGCCAAUCUAAUGGUUAACUUGCAAAUGGUGCAUCAAAACUGUGUCUAUACAUGUCCAACGCCAAUCCAAGAAGCAAUUGCAAUUGCAUUCGAAGCUGAGCUUAAGCGCUUGGAUUCGCCAGCUUGCUAUUUCAAUUCAUUGUCUGUGGAACUGACGGAAAAACGUGACUUCAUGGCCAAAUUUCUAAGCGAAGUUGGAAUGAAACCGAUUAUACCACAAGGUGGUUACUUCAUGAUCGCUGAUUGGUCAGCUUUAGAAAGCAGAGCUGAUUUGAGCACUGAAUCAGAUCCACAACGAGACUAUAGGAUGACCAAAUGGAUGAUCAAGAACGUUGGCUUACAAGGCAUUCCACCGUCUGUCUUCUUCAGUGACGCCAAUAAAACAUUGAUGGAGAAUUUCGUACGUUAUUGCUUUUUCAAAAAGGAUGAGAACCUACAAAAAGCUGCUGAUAUUUUGAAAAACUGGGUUAACAAAGAAUGAACCAUUACACCAAGAUUCAAAAAUUAAUUGUUUUGUUUACAUUUUUUUUUUUAAUUACGCAAUGAAAUUGUAAAUUGACGAGCAAAAAUAAAAUAAAAAUUAUCGCUUG